UUCAAGGAGCAAAUACCAAAUGUCCUCUCACACCACUGAUUCGUCAUGUGAGCAGGGCUGAAGCUGUGAAGAUGAAGUGCUAUCCUUAACCGCACUGCCCGAUUUUUUUACAUUUUAUUUUAUUUUCUAAUAUCCAAACUCAUUGUUGACAUGUAGCCUGAAGCGCAGGUUAUGGAUCGCAUAUGGAUAUGUUGCAAAAUCCUACUUCUUGUAAUUGUUUGUGUGAGUUCAUCGUCGCAGGACGGAGAGGACGCUUCUUGCGAUGGGGCGUUUGAUAUUUAUUUUGUUUUAGACAGGUCAAGCAGCAUAUGGGGACACUGGGAUGAGAUCUAUGGAUUUGUGGAGCAGCUCACCAGCAGGUUUGUUAGCCCCAGGAUGAGGGUUUCAUAUAUCAUAUUUUCAUAUAAAGCUGUUGUAAUUCUUCCACUAACUGGAGACAGGUCUCAGAUCGAUAAAGGUCUGGAGAAGUUGAGCCAAAUCAAACCUGUCGGUGAAACAUUCAUGCACGAAGGUUUGAAAGCGGUAUCACAGCAAAUGAUAUCACAAACUUCACCAUCGUCCAGUAUUAUCAUAAUUCUAACUGAUGGCAAGCUGGCCAUCUACCCAUUUGAACAGAGUGUAGAAGAGGCUGACAAAGCCAGAGGGUUUGGAGCCAGAGUGUACUGUGUUGGGGUCAUGGACUUUGACCAUAAACAGCUUGCUGAAAUAGCAGACGGCACAGAGCAAGUCUUUCCAGUUUUGUCCGGCUUUCAUGCUCUCAAAGACAUGGUGAACUCGGUCCUGAAGCAAACGUGCUCUGAAGUAUUCACAAUAGAGCCGUCGAGCGUUUGUGUGAAUGAGUCUUUCAACGUGGUCCUGAGGGGAAGUGGCUUCAGUGGAUCCAAGAGGAUGGACAACGUGCUCUGUUACCUCACCAUCAAUCAAGUGACCCACACUGAAAAGCCAACAGUAGUCAAAGAUGGCUAUCUGCUCUGUCCAGCUCUUCGUCUACAAGAGGUUGGACAAUCAGUCGAGGUGCUGGUCAGCUUGAACAAUGGAAAGUCCUACAUCUCCAGUCCCAUCAGCAUCUAUGCCACAGCAUGCUCAGACGGGACCUGGGUGCUCUGGUUGCUGCUGGUUUUGUUGCUGUUGCUGGGCCUGGUUUUGCUCUGGUGGUUCUGGCCUCUCUGCUGCACUGUGGUCAUCAGAGACCCACCUCCCUCUCGGCCCCCUCCUCCACCUCCUGUGAUUGAGCCAGAAGAAGACCCUUUGCCCAAACACAGGUGGCCUACAGUGGAUGCUUCAUACUAUGGAGGCAGAGGUGCUGGAGGAAUCAAACGCAUGGAGGUGCGCUGGGGGGAGAAAGGAUCCACAGAGGAGGGAUCCAGGCUAGAGAAGGCCAAAAAUGCUGUGGUCACUAUGCCAGAAGAAGUGGAGGAGCCCAUCAUUCCUCGUCCCCCACGAAGACCUCCUCCAGUCUUCAGCCCUCCAUCGCAGUCCAAAUGGUACACCCCCAUCAAGGGACGUGUUGAUGCGUUGCUGGCGUUACUGAGAAGACAAUAUGACAGAGUGGCAAUCAUGAGGCCAACACCUCAGGACAAGGGUCGCUGCAUCAACUUCACCAGAGUUCAGAAUCACUGAAGUUCAAACACGAGGAUCAACUUUCCAUUUUUUUAUUCCAGUUUUGCCAAAGAUGAUGAAAAUGUGCCCUCAAACGCAAAAGAUUAAUGCGCAUUGUAAAUAAACGUCUUUACUCACAAUGUGGCGUCGAUGUACCACAAAACCAGAUUAAUGGGUUAGCGAGCUAUGUCAACCUUAAAAUCAGAGGUGGCUCUCGGUAACUUGUGCCGAACACAUAACUGGCCGGGAGCAGGUUACGUUAAGAGUUUUGGUUUAAAACUGACUGGAAGUGCCACAUUUUCACUAGCCUCAUUUUCUAAACACAACCCAGUGAAGCCCCGUUAUAAAGCUGCAGCCGCACAAGCUGUGUGCA